UCUUCCACAUCUUCUUCAUCCACUGCGAGUUCUACUUCAUCUAUUAGUUACUAUAUCCAGUCCCCAUCCUCGGCACCAAAAUGGUUUCCGGUUCCUGCACCGACGAGGUCGCCUUCAACGUCUCAGCUGCCAGGCUCUGGAAAGGAGCAGUGUGCGAGCCUCACAUCUUGUAUCCUAAGCUCUUGCCUGACUUUUUCUCUAAAGCUGAGCGCAUCGGAGAGGGAGUUGGAGCCAUCAACGUUUUUUACUUUGCUCCAGCUUCUAAUAUGCCGCUCGGAAGCUUUAACAAGAACAAGAUCGACGUGCUGGACGAGACGACGUACACUUUUCAGAAUACAGCCAUGGAAGGGGGGCUCAUUGGUGUUCUUCUUAAGUCACUAGUUUACGAAUCUGUAUUCGUAGCUUCGGGCGCUGAUAGUUGCAAUGCAAAGAUAAAGGUGGAGUAUGAAACACUUGGGGACGGGGAUCUUAGUGAGGAAGAGCUAAAACCCAUCAGAGAUGGAUCGAUCGGAGUGCUCAAAGCUGUUGAGGGAUACUUGCUUGCCAAUCCUGAUGUCUACGCAUAAAUUCAUGUCGAUCAAGAAUCCAUUAGAACUUGCUCUCUGUCAUUACUACCUAAGCAUAAGUUCGAGUUUGUUGUGAAUAAAGGGAUCGGAUUAAUUCCCUAGAGUGGAAUAACAAGAAGUGUUCUUUUUGUUACUUUCGCAUCAUGUGGCAAGAAAUGGUCGAUUGAACGGUUGAGCUUGAAAGAUUUCA